UUGUCUAUUCUUAUUGCCAUGGAUAUGAUGGAGUCCAAGUCAGCGGGCAGAUCGAGUGGCGCCAGCUGGUCUUGUAGGGGAUCCGAGAGACCGCUGACGAAUGCGUCGAACAGUGCAGCGGAGUUCCAUCCGCUGUUGACUGCAAUAGUCCUGAACUCAAUAGCAUAGUCAGCCACACUACGCUGAUUCUGCCGCAGCUUGAUCAGAGCCCGAGCUGCUUCUCUGCCCGGAGUGGUUUGAUCAAAAAUCUUCCUCAUGGUGUCUGUCUGGAGAUCAUGAAGGCCACUUUGGAGUAAUCCGUGGGAAAUGCAGUCGGUUAGUGUCGAUAGUGUAACUCACACUGUACGAUGAACGGCCGGCAGCCUUCCGAGUGCCCAGAAAACUUUUCGGGUGGAGCCAGAUGCAUGGACGAGAUGUGCGGCCCAGUCGCCGGGUUGGGCUCGGAUCCGGUCGUCGCUGGGAGCGGAGGAGUCGUGGGAGGAGAAGCAGCCUGCAGCAUGUGGCGAGUGGGUCUCCUCCUGGUGACCCUGUGUGCCACCCUAACGCUGGCCCAGUUCCCCCGACAGUGCGUCACUCCUGAGGGUCUGCUGAGUGGCCAGUGCUGCCCGUCCCCUGCGGGGGUGGCAGGGGAUGAGUGUGGCUCCAGCACAGGAAGAGGGCAGUGUGUGGUCAUCGCAGCAGACAACCGCCGCCAUGGACCCCAGUACCCUUACGCUGGGCGCGAUGACAGAGAGAAGUGGCCGCUGAGAUUUUUCAACCGCACUUGCCAAUGUAACGGGAAUUUCAGUGGCUACAACUGUGGGCAGUGUCGACACGGGCUGACUGGACCAAACUGUGAUCAAAGGAUCUCUGUGGUGAGAAGAAAUAUCAUGCAGAUGAGUGCAGCUGAGAAGCAGGCAUUUGUGAACGCCUUGGACCAAGCUAAGACGACUGUCCACCCUGACCUGGUCAUCUGUACACGACGGUACCAGGAGGUGUUUGGGCCUGAUGGCAACACCCCGCAGUUUGAGAACGUCACCAUUUACAACUACUUUGUUUGGAGCCACUACUACUCUGUCAGUAAAACGUACCUCGGGUCGGGCCAGACCAGCUUUGGAGGCGUAGACUUCUCCCACGAGGGCCCGGGUUUUGUCACCUGGCACCGCUUUCAUCUGAUUCAACUGGAGAGAGACAUGCAGAACAUGCUGGGCGACUCCACCUUCGCCUUGCCCUACUGGAACUUUGCCAUCGGAGGCAGCGAGUGUGACAUCUGCACCGACGAGCUGCUCGGAGCCAGGAGCUCCUUCGACAUGAGCUCCAUCAGCCCCAACUCCGUGUUCUCCCAGUGGAGGGUCAUCUGUGAGAGUGUGGAAGACUACGACACCUUCGGCACCAUCUGCAACAGCACAGAGACCAGUCCCAUCAGGAGGAACCCAGCGGGGAACGUGGCGCGGCCCAUGGUGCAGAAGCUGCCCGAGCCCCAGGAUGUGUUGGACUGUCUGGAGCUCAACGCCUUCGACACUCCUCCUUACUACUCCACCUCCUCUGAGAGCUUCAGGAACACCAUUGAAGGCUACAGUGCCCCCCAGGGGAUGUACGACCCGGUGGUCCGAAGCCUCCACAACUUGGCCCAUCUCUUCCUCAACGGGACAGGCGGACAGACUCACCUCUCGCCCAAUGACCCCAUCUUUGUCCUGUUGCACACAUUCACUGAUGCAAUCUUUGACGAGUGGCUCAGCAGACACCAACCCGGUGAAGUAGUCUACCCCGAGGAGAAUGCUCCCAUUGGGCACAAUCGAAAUUUCAACAUGGUUCCUUUCUGGCCUCCUGUCACCAAUGCUGAGAUGUUUGUCGCUGCCACAGAAAACCUGGGAUACUCCUAUGAGGUCCAGUGGCCCACUCGUGCCUACACUGUGUCUGAGAUCAUCACCAUUGGCGUUGUUGCGGCGGUGCUGCUGGUGGCAGUGUUGGGGGGUGUCAUCGCCUGUGCAGUGCGUGCCCGCUCUUACCGCUCAGCUGAGGCCCUGGAGCCACUGCUGGGAGAAACUUUCCGAUGCUACUCAGAGGAUGACCGAAGGUUGGACAAAUCACAGUCCGUUGUCUAAAUCCAAGCCUCUCAAGAGUGGACAUAACAUUUUAAUGCAUGUUAGCUUUUUUUUAUUCCCAUACUUCUUCUAAUAAAGUUGAACUGGUUUUGAAUCCA